AGAUUAAAUUAUACUUUCUGGGAUAUUUGCCUUUUUUAGUACCACAAUCCUUCCUACCUCCCUCCCUAUACCUUGUCCACCUGAAACAACUCAUCUGCAAUAUUAUCUUGGUUAUUUUACCUUCUACUACUGUAGACAAAAACCAAUGAGUUGUGGAGACAGGCCAAAUAUGCAUGAGCAACCUGGUUGCUUUGAUCCCAACACAAUGGCAGAAGGUGUCAGUACUCCAAAACUAAAAGAUACCUUUCCUCAAACUCUCUCAGACCCAUCAUCAUCACCAUCACCACUUAUUGUUGUAGGCAACACUACAAACAGCAACAAUAACCUUGAAGAGAAUAUCAGACUUUCUAUGGAGGAGUUAUCCUAUCACCACCAGCAAGAAGAUGUCUCCAACUAUGUAAAUGGAGUCACUGCCACAACCAUAGAUAUCCCACGUCCACAGCAUCUUGGUUUGAAUAUGGGUACCUCCUACAACAACAAUAUCAACAUGGAUUCCCAUUUGGUUCAGCAUGAAAUUGAUAUCCUUCCCUAUCAGCAACCCACUUGGGAUCCCAAUGUUCAGGAAAUGCAAGAUAUGGGUUAUACUAAUCACUCAGAACACCAACCACAUGAUCAGCAAUUUCAGCAAACUGAGGCACAGAACUGCAGCCAAAGUUACAAUCCCUCCUCCAUUUUGGACCCGCCUUACCCUUCACAAGAUCUCCUAAACCUUCUUCACUUGCCAAGAUGCUCAACUUCGUCUUUGCUUGCCAACCCUGCUAUCUGCAUCGCAAACAAGACACAGAAUUUUCAGAAUCCGAUGGGAUUUCUUGGGGACCUUCCAAUAGGAUCAGACAACACAAGUGCAUCCUCAGUAUUGUAUGAUCCUCUACUCCAUUUGAACCUGCCUCCACAGCCUCCAGCCCUCAGAGAGCUGUUUCAGUCUCUUCCCCGUGGCUACAGCUUGCCAACGAACUCAAGAAGUGGUUCUCUUUUCGGUGGAGGGGAUGAGAUUGAAGGAGAUGGAAGCCAACUUGACAUGGGAGUGCUCGACUUCAACAGGGUCACGGCUUCGGUGGGCAAAGGAAGGGAAGGAAAAGGCACCAAACACUUUGCAACUGAGAAACAAAGAAGAGAGCAACUGAAUGGCAAAUACAAAAUCCUGAGGAGUCUUAUCCCAAGCCCCACAAAGAUGGAUAGAGCCUCCGUGGUGGGUGAUGCCAUUGAAUACAUAAGGGAGCUUCUCAGAACGGUCAAUGAGCUCAAAUUACUGGUGGAGAAGAAAAGAUAUGGAAGGGAGAGAUGCAAAAGGCAGAAAGCGGAAGAUGAUGCUGCAGAGAGCUGCAACAUAAAGCCUUUCAGUGAUCCAGAUGGAUGCAUAAGGACCUCAUGGCUUCAAAGGAAAUCAAAAGAUAGCGAGGUUGAUGUGCGGAUUGUUGAUGAUGAUGUUACAAUCAAACUCUUCCAAAGGAAGAAGAUUAACUGUCUGCUUUCAGUCGCCAAGGUUCUGGAUGAACUUCAGUUGGAACUUCACCAUGUUGCAGGUGGACAUGUUGGCGAAUAUUGCAGUUUCUUGUUCAAUAGCAAGAUAAUAGAAGGUUCUUCAGUCUAUGCCAGUGCUAUAGCCAACAGGGUAAUCGAUGUUAUGGACACUCAGUAUGCAGCAGCAGUUCCACAUACAAGUAGCUAUUAGGUUAAGGGGAUAACAGUUUCAAGUUCAGGCACCAAAGUUCAAGUAGUUACAUGUACGAAACAAUUACAUAUAAUAAUAUCAAUAGCAGUAAUAAAGUUUCCCGAGAGGACGCUCAGGAGAUAGUGAAAUUUACAUGUUCAAUAGCU